UAGGAGUGAAGCAGUCAUGUGAGACUGUCCCCGGGAGGCCCCUUCUGAGGGACUGCUGUGUGAGGCUGGAGCGUCUCGUUGUGGAGACCCUGCACACUACUCGGAGCACAGACCGGGCCGGCCGGAGACUGCUGUAGAGAGCGAGGUCGUGAAGCUGCUGUAGAGAGCGGAUACAGGAACACCACCGUUGGGAAUGUUAGAAACUAUCACGGGCAAACUCCUCGGAUGAAACCAAGUGGAAUAUACCAAUGUACCCACUGUGAAUAUACAACAGCUACACAAAUAUGGUUCACCAGGCAUUUGAGAAAACAUACUAAUGAGAAACCAUACAAGUGUGAACACUGUAGUUAUGCAUGUGCCCAAAAAAGACUUUUGCAAGUUCAUAUAAGAAAACACACUGGCGACAAGCCUUACAAAUGUACUCUGUGUAGUUAUGCUAGCAGCACUAAAGGUAAUUUGCAAGUUCAUCUAAGAAAACACACUGGUGAAAAACCUUACAAAUGUGAGCUAUGUAGUUAUGCUAGCAGCCAUAUAAGUUAUUUGAAGGCUCAUCUAAAAAUACACACUGGUGAAAAACAUUACAAAUGUGAACAGUGUAGUUAUGCUAGCAUCCAGAAAGGUCCUUUGAAAGUUCAUCUAAGAACACACACUGGCGACAAGCCUUACAAAUGCGGACACUGUAGUUAUACUAGCAGCGAUAGAAGUAAUUUGAAACGUCAUAUAAGAAAACACACUGGCGACAAGCCUUACAAAUGCGAGCACUGUAGUUAUACUAGCAGCAAUAGAAGUAAUUUGAAGGUUCAUGUAAGAGAACACACACACAAAAAAGAAAUAUUGAAUGUUCAUGUAAGAACACACAGUGGCGAUAAGCCUCACAAAUGCCACCAGUGUAGUUAUGCUAGCAGCACUAAAGGUAAUUUGAAAGUUCAUCUAAGAAUACACACUGGUGAAAAACCUUACAAAUGUGAGCUAUGUUGUUAUGCUAGCAGCCAUAUAAGUCAUUUGAAGGCUCAUCUAAAAAUACACACUGGUGAAAAACCUUACAAAUGUGAACAGUGUAGUUAUGCUAGCAUCCAGAAAGGUCAAUUGAAAGUUCAUCUAAGAACACACAUUGGCGACAAGCCUUACAAAUGCCACUAGUGUAGUUUUGCUAGCAGUUAUAAAAGUGAUUUGAAGGUUCUGUUAAUGCUCCAUCCAUGUGUGCGUGCGCGCACACAUACACGCUCCAUCUUCGCGGUGCUGCGGCCGGCGGCAGCCGCCAUUCUACGAUCCGCCACGACGCCGACACCACGUAUCGCUCAGUCGCG